CGUUUCACUCUGGUGUGGUGCGACCAGUGCAGUACUUGUGGCUGUGGAUCAGUUACCUGUCGUCAUCGCUACGAUCGCCACCAAAAGUUUAUCAUUAAUUAUUCUGAGCAAUCAGAAUGGAUGUUGAACAAGCGGUCAAUCGGCCGAUUUCUGAUUCUGAGAAAAAAGCUAAAGAAAAUAGUAGCGCAGCCGGGAAUCAUGGAGAUGCUCAUAUGAAUGGGAUGUCGAAUGGAUUUGAUCGCCGAAAAGAGCACAAAUCUGAACGCAAAGAUAAAGAAAGAUCUCAUAAGUCUGAACACCGGGACAAGGAUCGGAGAGACAAGGAAAAGAGUCAUAAGUCUGAGCAUAAGAGCAAAGAUAGAGACAAGCAUAAGCAUAGUUCGUCAAAUGGCUCAAAAGAUAAAGACAAACACUCGAGCAAUAGUAGUUCUAGUAGUAGUAAAGACAAGGAUAAAAAAAGUAGCUCUUCAUCCAGCAAGGAUAAAGAAAAAGAACAUAAAAGCAGCAGUGUGAGCUCAGCAACAACCAAAGACAAGGAAAAGGAUAAGGACAAAAAUCGAGACCACCACAAGUCUAGUUUGAGUUCUAAGGAUAAGGAAAAGGAUAGAGAAAAAGACAAAUACCAUUCGAGUUCUAAAGUUAAAGAGAGCUCCAAAAGUAAAGACAAGGAUCGACAUCAUAGUGAUUCCUCGCGUGAUAAGGAUAAAUCUGUUUCGAAGGACAAGGAUCGGAGACAUAGUUCUAGUAAAGACAAAGAAAAACACUCUUCAUCUCAUUCAUCUAGUGACAAAGACAAAAAGUCGGAUAGAGAUCGUCAUCGUCAUGAUAAAGACAAGGAUCGUCAUCGACGUGAUAAGGAUAAAGAAAAGAGCAGCAGAAGUCGAGAAGAUCGUGAAAAAGAAGAAAUUAAGGAAGAACCAGUUAUUAAAGAGGAACCACCAUCUCAGAUUUAUAACAAUUCUCAAUCAGGAUAUGAAGAUGUUGAUGAGAAAAAUAUUAAAAAUGAACAAGUUUCUCAAAUUGAAGAUGAUGACGAUGACAGUAACGAACCUGGUCUUUAUAUUAAAGAAGAAGACGACGAUGAUGAAGCUAAUGAUGAGUAUGAAGAUGAUAAAAAAGAUAUCAAACAGAACGAUGAUGAAGAUGAGUAUGAUGAGAAUGACGACGACAAAGAUAAUGAUGAAGAUUAUAAACAAGAAGAGAACAGUUCUGAUGGCAAUGACACUAGACUGUCUGAUCUGCAUAAUACAACUCUCAAGACGGAAGAAGAAUCUGACGAGGAUAUUCCUUUGAGUGUACGAAAAUCAGCCUCUAAAUCGAAGAGAAAAAAUGAGAGUAGUGAUGAUGAAGAAGAUAUUCCGUUGUCAGCGCGAAAGAAAGCCAAAAAGGAAAGUGUCAAGAAAAAGAAAAAGAGAAAACAUUCUGAUGAUGAAGAUGAUGAACCAGAAGAGAAACCUAAAAAGAGAAAAUCUAAAACUGCCACUAAUAAUCCAUCUCCAAAGAAGAAGAAGAAAGAGGAAGAGGAAGCUGAGGUUUGGAAGUGGUGGGAAGAAGAAAAGAAGUCUGAUGGGACAAAAUGGGCAUUUUUGGAGCAUAAAGGACCGGUAUUUGCUCCUCCAUAUGAACCACUGCCUCCAAGUGUUAAAUUUUAUUAUAAUGGUAAAGAAAUGAAACUUUCUGAACCAACUGAAGAAGUCGCAACUUUUUAUGCUCGAAUGUUAGAUCAUGAUUAUACCACCAAAAAGAUAUUCAAUGACAACUUUUUCAAAGAUUGGCGCGAAGUAAUGACGGAAUCGGAGCGAGCUAAAAUAAUGGAUUUAAGUAAAUGUAAUUUCCGAGAAAUGCAUACAUAUUUUUUGCAAAAAUCUGAGGAACGAAAAGCCAUGACGAAAGAAGAGAAAAAAGCAAUUAAAGAAAAAAAUGACGAAAUAGCAAAAGAGUAUGGAUUUUGUACUAUUGACGGUCAUAAAGAAAAGAUUGGUAAUUUUAAAAUUGAACCGCCAGGUUUAUUCAGAGGAAGAGGAGAACAUCCAAAGAUGGGUAAACUUAAAAAACGUGUUAUGCCUGAGGAUGUAUUGAUUAAUUGCUCGAAAACUUCAGUAAUACCUAAACCACCACCUGGUCAUAAAUGGAAAGAAGUCCGACAUGAUCCUACCGUUACUUGGCUUGCAUCCUGGACUGAAAACAUUCAAGGUCAAGUGAAGUAUGUCAUGUUGAAUCCUUCGAGUAAACUAAAAGGAGAAAAAGACUGGCAAAAAUAUGAAACAGCAAGAAAAUUAGCAAAAUCAAUUGAUAAAAUUCGUGCUGAAUAUCGUGAAGACUGGAAGAGUAAAGAAAUGCGGAUUAGACAAAGGGCUGUGGCAUUGUACUUUAUUGAUAAAUUAGCUUUGAGAGCGGGUAAUGAAAAAGAUGAAGACCAAGCUGAUACUGUCGGUUGUUGUUCAUUGCGUGUGGAACAUAUAAGUUUACAUGAGCAAAAAGACGGCAAAGAGUAUGUAGUUGUUUUUGAUUUCUUGGGUAAAGAUUCAAUCAGAUAUUAUAAUGAAGUACCUGUAGAAAAGCGUGUUUUUAAAAAUCUUCAGUUAUUUAAAGAAAAUAAAUCAGAUGGUGAUGAUCUAUUUGAUCGUCUUAAUACAACUGUGAUGAACAAACAUCUUAAUGAACUUAUGGAAGGACUUACUGCUAAAGUAUUCAGGACAUACAACGCUUCUUGGACACUUCAACAACAAUUGGACAAGUUAACUAAUCCUGAUGAUACUGUAGCUGAAAAAAUUCUAUCGUAUAACCGUGCUAAUCGAGCUGUUGCUAUUCUUUGUAAUCAUCAACGCUCUGUACCAAAAACACAUGCUAAAUCUAUGGAGAAUUUGAAAGCUAAAAUCACUGCUAAAAAAGAAGCUAUUAAAGAAGCUGAAGAGCAGGUGAAAGAUGCUAAGAAAGACUCCAAACAUGGUUCGGUUAAAGCAAAAGAAUUGUACGAGAAAGCGAAGAAGAAGUUAGAGAAAUUGAAAGAACAAUUGACUAAGUUAGAAGUUCAAGCCACAGAUCGUGAAGAGAAUAAGGAAAUCGCUUUAGGAACGUCCAAGUUAAAUUAUCUUGAUCCCAGAAUUACAGUUGCCUGGUGCAAAAAACAUGGUGUUCCGAUUGAAAAAAUUUACAACAAAACACAACGUGACAAGUUCAGAUGGGCGAUAGACAUGGCUGGACCAGACUAUGUAUUUUAACGAGAUUGAACGUGUCUCUCGCGAAAUUAAUCUGAUUUAAGAAAGAAAAUUGCUUGGGUAUCCGGCAAAAAGUUCAAUGAAGUAUUUAGUGAAAUUUUUUAAUUAUCAUAUUAAUUUUUUUAAUGUGUCUAAAAGUGGACAUAUUUAACUACUUGUUGACAUUAAUUAAUAAAAAUACUAGAAAUGCAAUUUUUUUAAGCCAACGUUACAUCACAAAUUGAUAAUAAAAAAUAAAAAAUAAAAGCAGUGUGAUUGUGCUUUAAAUGAAAUAUUAUGUAGUAAAGUCUAUACUGAAAAAAUUUUAUACUUGAAUAGUGUAAUAAGUGAACAUUUCUACGUGCGAAGUGUAUUUGAAAAAGGGGGGCUAAGGGAAUAUUUAAAAAAAAAAGACGCAAUCGAAGAGUGAUAAAUGAAGAAAUAGCAAAAAAUGAAUAACUUACUAGAAAACUUAUAGCAAUUGCAUAUUAGGUUCCGAAUUAUUUUGAAAUGGCAUAUUCUAAGUGUAAAUUAUGAAUUUGAUAUUGUAAA